CUUCACUUACAACACAUUUCGUUAAAAACUAAGGCUUAAAAUACACUAUUCACAGGUAUGUACAGCGAGGCACAGCACACGACGUCCGUACACCGGCGUACGCGUAUUUCGCGCGCAAGGAUCCUGCGCGAUUUCAGGAUAUGAUGAAAUGCAAUAAAUGGAAGAUUUUCAUUCCAAUCAUUUAGAAUGGCAACAUUUUGGUCAGGAAGACCUGGAUGGCUAGGAAAAUUAGGAAUAGCUUUGCUAGCCACAUGGCUCUUAAUAUUAAUUAUAUCAGUUCUACAUGUUUUCAAAACAAAUUCGAUAUCAUCACAAGAGGGAAAUCCUACGAAUAAAGAAAAUGCUCAACGUUUGGCACAAAUGAUUAAUGAUUUUGAGAUUCUUAAGAAGCAAAAUGACGGUCUAAAAAAUAUUAUAUUAAGAGAUGGGGCAAAAUCUAUACAAGGGGAUCAUCUGGGCUCUGCACAAGAAAGAGCCGAUAGAGCUUCAAUUUAUUAUGAUCUAUUAGAUCAGCAUGUUAGAUCUAAACAUAAUAUACCUUCAUUAGAAUAUGAAGAAUUACGUCGUAGAAUAAGAAAUAAUGUACAGGAAAUGUGGUAUUACAUGAGUGCUGAAUUAACAAAAUUCAAAAAGCACAUAGAUGAAUUUACUCUUGAACAAAAAGAAAAAGAAGUUCAAGAUACUAUGAAUAACAUUUGGGAACAUAAGAAAUCUCUUAUUAUGGAUUUAGAUAGAUUAACAAAAGCUGAUGGUCAUGAUGACUGGCGGAAAAAAGAGGCAAAAGAAUUAUCGGAUCUUGUCCAAAGUCGAUUUAGGUAUCUACAAAAUCCUACUGAUUGUAAUAAAGCAAAGAAGUUAAUAUGCAGUUUAAAUAAAGGCUGUGGUUUUGGUUGCCAGAUACAUCAUAUUACUUAUUGUUUUUUGGUCGCUUAUGGAACAGAAAGAACGCUUAUAAUCAAAUCAAAAGGCUGGAGAUAUCGUAAAGAAGGUUGGGAAUCAGUUUUUAAACCUCUUAGCGACACCUGCUUAUCUGCAAAUGGUAUAUCUCAUGCUAACUGGCCUGGUGAUUCUUCUAAACAAGUUAUUUCCUUGCCAAUCGUGGAUAAUGUUUAUCCUAAACCAAAAUUUCAACCUCCCAGUGUACCAGCAGAUAUAGCAGAAAGGCUGAAGAAGCUUCAUGGCCAUCCAUUAGUUUGGUGGGUAGGACAAGUAUUAAAAUACUUGAUGCGGCCCCAGGAUAGUAUGCAAAAAGUAUUAGAUAAUGCUAAGGAAAAAUUAGGUUUCAAGAAACCUAUUGUUGGCGUUCAUGUUCGUAGAACCGAUAAAGUCGGAACUGAAGCUGCAUAUCAUGAUAUAGAUGAAUAUAUGACUAAGGUAGAUCAAUAUUUUGAUGAACUCGAGAUAAAGCCAGAUGUAAAACGAGUAUUUUUGGCUAGUGAUGACCCAAAAGUAAUUACAACAGCAAGAAAUCGCUACCCUAAUUAUAAAAUUAUUGGCGACCCAGAAAUAGCUGAAACAGCAUCAGUAUCAAAACGUUAUUCAGAUUCAUCUUUGCAAGGAAUAAUUAUAGAUAUACAUCUUUUAUCCUUAUGUGAUUAUUUAGUAUGUACAUUUAGUUCGCAAGUAUGUAGAGUUGCAUAUGAAUUAAUGCAAACUUAUUAUCCAGAUGCAUACAAUAAGUUUGCAUCAUUGGAUGAUAUUUACUAUUACGGCGGACAAAAUUCACAUCCUCAUGUAGCUAUUUUGGAUCACAAACCAAGAAAAAAUGGCGAAUUGGAAUUGAAGACCGGUGAUUUAAUCGAAGUUUAUGGAAACCAUUGGGAUGGCUAUUCCAAAGGGUAUAACACUAGGACCAGUAUGACAGGAUUAUUUCCUAGUUUUAAAGUGAAAAAUCCUGUUGAUGCUGUUGACUUUCCAAAAUAUCCGGAUAUAAUGAUACAUGAAAAUAAAAAUAAUUAAGAGAUCACAUUUUGGUAAUAACAAAAUAAUUAGACAUAAAUAAUUUUAUUACAUUUCAUUAACUGCUUGCAGAGAAUUGUAGUUUACUCUUUGAAUUAAAUUAUAUUAUAAAAAAAAGAUAGUAUGACUCAUGAUGUAUAUAUUUUGCUAUUUUCAACUGAAAGGAGUCUGUUAUUGUAUAUUCUAUAUAUGUACGAAUUCGGGUAAAGAAAAAUUGAUUGUAUUUACUUAUGUGCAAUCACUGCUGCAAAUGAAUGUAUUUAUGAAAGUUAUAAAAUAUAAUUGUACACAUUAAUAAAUUAUUAUUGUAUACAAUUAUAUGAUUAUUACAACUGACAAUAUAGAAAAAAUAUACUAAGUAAAAUGAAUUGUAAAAAAAAUUUUACAAUAUAAAACAAAGUUAUUUAAAAAAAAUGUUUGAAGCAAACAUUAUGUAGCAAGCAGUGUACAGAAAACUUUGUUAUAAUUUUAUUGAUAUAGAAAAACAUGAUUGUUAAUUUCAUCAGAGGUUUAAGUAGCAUUUGUUAUAUAUUAUAUAUUAAUUUUUUCUAGUGACUAAAAAGGAAAUAUAUUCAUCCCAUUUCUUAUAAGCAACAAAAAUGUAAUAAAAAUUGAAAGACUAUAAGAAAUUGUAAAACAAACAAUACAUUGUGCAAUACGUUCAUGCAAGGUACAGAAUCGACAACCUAAUGGUAAGAUACACUACCACAUUAAAAAAAUUUUAUCCAUGGUCAGUUCGUAUGUUGUAACAGUAUUUGUAAAUAAAAUUAAAUGUCAUCUUUAUAGAAUUUUCUUCAACAUUAUAUCUUGUAUCGUUUUUUAGCAGUUUAUGUUAAAAUAGUCGCGAUAUCGUAAGAAUAUGUACAAUUCGUGUAUUACAUGACUCGUAUGUCUCUAUUAACACUAAUUUCUAAGAAUUAUUUUUUACGUAGAAGAUCCUUUAAAACUGAUAAUAUUACAACCAUUAAAUGGUUUUCAUAAAAAACAAACAAAAUACUUAACGUUCACGAACAUCGAGCUGAGCCAUAGAGGCCUAUUUGUAUUUAGGAUUACGCGCGCGCGCACACAAACCCUAUAUAUAUUGUAAUAUAUUUUAUAUUAUAUACCAAUCAUUAAUAACAUUUGUUACAUUAUUAUAAGAUUUAAUUUGAUUUUUAAUAAAUAUUAAAGCUUUGAGAAGA